UUUCUGCGCUCUCUCAUACCAGGAAGUGGAGCGCGCAAGGUGUCUCGAGCACGCCCCUUUUACCCUACUGACUCAUUUGCAAUGUUGUCCUGAAACGCAGAUCAGCCUUCCUUCUGUGACAGAAGGAGGAGCCUAUAGAUAAACUAAUAUGCGUUUUCUCUUCGCUGACGGACAGAGAGAAUAGACUUGGCUACAUGCGUCACAGCUGGUUUGGGGUAGGCCUAGUGUGCUGAAACCUAGAGGGAUGGAGACAGACCCUGCCUUGGAGACAUGCACUGAGAGCAGAGCAGAGACAGGGGGAGAGGAGACACGAGAGGGACCCGUCACGAGGCCCAGCCCCCUGUCUCCCAAUAGGUCUACAGCUACGCACACUCCUACAGCACUCACCUCUACUCCCCCUCAGCGUACUUCCUCCUGCCCUCCUAAACUCACCCUCACCCCUACGUUCACACCCUUUUCCUCCUCUACACCCACCCCCAAUCCACCUAAACUGACCCCCACCCCCUUAUCCCCCCCUACAUUCACCCGUAAAACCCCCCCUUCCCUCACCUCUACAGUACUCAACCCCACCCCAACAUUUACACCUACUUCUCCCUCACUUACUCCCAACCCCUUCACCUCUAAAAUACUCACCCCCAGCCCUACUCUCCCCACACUCACAACCUCUCUACCAACACUCAAGCAUUCCUCGUCUCCCUCCCCUACUCAACUCACUCACAAACCUGCUCCUCUCCCCCUCACUCCCCCCACCCUCACCCCUACUGCCCCUCUACUCACCCCCCUCUCCCUCCCCUCCCUCCCCCACUAUAUCUGCCAUCCCUUCUCUGCCCCUCUCUGUAACCCAUGGCAAAAUGUCCUUUGCUCCUGGGCCUUCCUUCUUCCUGACCAAUGGGAAUGCAAGGACACCCACCACGCCCACCUCUCCACCAAUCACGCCUUUCCAUACCCCAGCCAGCAGACAGGUCCCUCUUCCUCGCCCCCUGGGUACGCCCACUCUGGUGCAAGCAAAUCAGAGCAUCUCGCCUGUUAGACCGAGGGUAUCCCAGCAGGCCUUGCUCCUGGGUCGGAGUCCUUGUUCGAGCCGAGACCAGAUGCUGCUCAGGGCCCAGAUGCUCCAGAGUCUAACCCUGCGCCCCUCUGCUCCCGGCACUCUCACAAUCCCCCCCUCUUUACGUCUCAAACCUCCCUCCUCCUCCCUCUCGCCUAUCUCUCGUCCCCUUACACCCCUUUUCCCCCCUCUCCGGCCGCGCCCCCAGCCCAGUUCCAUGGCAACAGACAGACAGACCCCACCUACCCGGCGCCUCUCAGUCCCGCCUCCAACUCUCUACACUUCUGUGCGUUCUGUCCCUCUGAGACCCAGACUUCAUUCUCCAAAUGGCCACAGAGUGGUGCCCCCGAGACACAGCCCCGCCAUGCGACCAUUCGCUGCUGCUGCUGCCCAUCAGGCCCUACCCAGCAGACAGUGUACAGUACCAGCCACCAGUCUGUCAUCUCAAAGCCCGCCCACACAGUCCACCCCUGGCCAAUCGCAGCUCAACUCAGGCUCUACGCCCCUUCCCUUGGGUUCUUCCUGUUUUGAUCGGUUACCGCCGGCAUCAAGGCAGCUGCAAAUGAUUGCCCUCUCCGCUGGCUCCACCAGCCGCCUCAGCGGCCAAACACGGCCUGCGGCCAACACACACACCCCAGCUUCUGUCCAAUCAAAGUGUCUGGUUCUUGAGUCCCCACCUCCUCAGCUCGAUGCCCAACCACAGAGGACUUCUGACCACGCCUCUACCCCUCCCACCUCCUCCAUCCACAAAGCCAACUCACCCCUACCAUACCCCCAUUAUCAGGCCAGACACAUUCUGUCAAAAGGAGAAGUGGGUAGACAGGGGGUAAGGGAGGCGAGAGAGCGGGUGGGGGGAGAGGAAGAAAAGAUGGGGGAAAUUGAAGAGGGGCAGAGGGAUAAAGAGAGGGUGGCAGGAGAGAGAAUGGUAACAGGAGAGGAAAAAGGGAUUGUUGAGAAGAGAGCGGAGAGGGUGGGAGAGAAGGAGGACCAGAGAGAUAGAGAGAAGGAGGACCAGAGAGAUAGAGAGAAGGAGGACCAGAGAGAUAGAGAGAAGGAGGACCAGAGAGAUAGAGAGAAGGAGGACCAGAGAGAUAGAGAGAAGGAGGACCAGAGAGAUAGAGAGAGGGUGGGAGAGAAGGGACUGCUGACAAGAAAGGAGAAAGGAGAGGCUGGAGGAGAGGAAGAAUGGAUGGAGAGUGGUAAACAAUAUGAGAGACUGAGAGAGAUGACAGGAAUAGAGGAGAAGGGGGAGGAAAGGAUGAAGAUAGAGGGAGAGGAGCAGAGAGAGAGGAUGGAGGUAGAGGAGGAGGAGCCGGGACAGAAAGAUGUGAUGAAAGGAGAGAAGGAGGUGGGGACUACCAUUGACCAGGACAGUCCGAUAGAUCCUCACCCCAAUGCAGACCCGGCUACUCAGAAUCACAUACACUUCCAUGCCCCCUCACACACACCUCAUAACCCCACCACUCAGAACGACACACCCCCUCCCUCAGGUUCCCCCAUAGACCUCCAGAGACCAUCGGACUGUCCCAUAGGGCGACCCCCAGACCUACCCCACAAGGACCAAGAGGACCUCUGUGAGAACAUGUCCAAUCAGUCUGACAACCACUCAGUCUUGUCCAGUCUCUCCUCUCAGUCUCCCCCUGCCUCACCCUGCCUCACCCCUCCAUCUGACUUCCCUCCUCCUCUCCUGCCUGUUAGCCCCUCCCACUCAGAGACCCUCAGCCUAUCACAGAGCCGCUCUGAGACCCUUAGAAUAUCAGAGCGCGAGCCUUGGACACAGAGGGUGUGGCCAGAGGGCGGGAGGCGUGUCUUAACUCACCUGGUGGAGGGGUUCGUCAUACAGGAGGGGCUGCAGGCGUUCCCGGUGAACCGCUCAUCUCUGUUGUUGGGAGGGCAGGAGGGUGUCUCCCAGAAUGGGAACACAGAGGGUACGGAGUUAUUACCAUUGACGGACACACCAGAGCCACCGGAACAUUCCAGCGAAUCAGAACGAGUGGGUGUGGCCACAGAUGACCCGCUGACAGGCAACAGAGCGAGACAGAGGGGGGUGUUACAGUGUGAGUCUUGUGGGAAGAGAGGUCAUGCCCACUCCUUCCACCGCUCCAAAAGAUACUGCUCCACUUCCUGUGCCCGCAGGCUUAAUGUAGGGAUGUCUAAACGUGUGCGUGCUCUGAGUGCAGGCAGCCAGCCAGAGGGGCGGCGCUCUGAGAUAAACAAGGAGGAGUCUGUUCCUGGGAAGCCCCUCUUACUGCGACUGGUCAGUUACAACUCUGACAUUGCUGCAACUUUUAACAAAUACCACUCAGUGAUACAGCCCCGCGAAAUAUGGAGCGCCCAUCGCCGUGACUACGAAGGGGAAGAAGGGCAUGCUGUUCCCAUAACGACCAGGCUGGAGCGCAGAGCGGCACGGAGGGCAAGGAGGGCAUCAGAGCCAGCGAUGACCCCUAGUAACCCCAUCGUGACCUCUACUGAACCCACACCUGCACAGUGGAGUGUAGAGCAAGUCUGGGAUUUUAUACACACACUGCCAGGUUGUGUGGAGGUUGCAGAGGCGUUCCGUGUUCAGGAGAUAGACGGCCAGGCCCUGCUGCUGCUCACUGAGGACCACCUGAUGACCAGCAUGAACAUCAAACUGGGACCAGCACUCAAGAUCUGUGCCCACAUCAACACACUCAGACACACAUAGAGAGGGAGAGAUGGAGGUGAGGUGGGAAGGUAGAUGGAGGUGAGGUGGGAGUUGGGUGGAGGAGAAUAUAGAGAGAGGGAAAAAGGGAGGGGUGGGGGGACAGUCUAAGGCACUGGAUCACUACAGACCCGGGUUCGUUCCCAGGCUGUGUCACAACCAGCUGUGUCACAACCGUUGACCGGGAAUCCCAUAGGGAGGCAAACAAUUGGCCCAGCAUCAUCCAGGUUAGGGGAGGGUUUGGCCGGGCGGGGCUUUACUUGGCUCAUCAUGCUCUAGCGACUCCUUGUGUCGGGCCGAGCGCCUGCAGGCAGUUGAACAUGUUUCCUCCGACACAUUGGUGCAGCUGGCUUCCGGGUUCAGCGAGCGGGUGUUAAGAAACACGGUUUGGUGGGUCAUGUUUCAGAGGACGCAUGACUCGACCUUCGCCUCUCCUGAGCCCUUUUUGGAGUUGCAGCAAUGAGACAAGAUCGUAAUUGGAUCGCAAUUGGAUAUGACGCAAUUGGGAAGAAAAGAGGGUAAAAAACUAAACAAAAGAGAUGAGAGAGAGGGGGCAGAGAAGGGGGGGAAACAAGAGAUUAAUUCAAGAGAUUAUCGACUGAGAGAGGAAGGGGGAUUAUGUUAUAUUCUGUUGUGUCUAUGUACAUAUUUUACAAUGCAGUCUAUUGGGUGUAAAUCUUAAACAUUUUCAUGAAGGAUUGUAAUAUACAGUAUGUAUUUGUCUGUUUGGUAAUUAUUUUAGAAUGUGGUGUCACAUGAAAACUGUAAAAUCUGUUUGGAUUAUACACAGCUGAUACACAGAGUUUUUGUAUCACUGUGUGGAAAAUAAGGUCUUAACUAAAGAGAUUAUUACGUUUUAUAUAUGAUCUGACAAAACAUGUCGUUUUGUGAGAUUACUUAAUUUUUUCUCUUAUCCUGCCUAUUCAAACUCUGUAAUAAAUUAAAUUAACUUA